AACUUGUAAACAAACUGCUCACUUGUUUAAGGAUUGUCCAGAUAACCAAUGUUAUGACUGUAAUGAAUUUGGCCAUAUUAAAAUUAACUGCCCUCUUGCCCAACUCAAGCUUGACAAUUUAACUUACAAAUAUGGUUGUGACAAAGACCAAAUAGAAGAAAGAAGAAUGAUCUACUAUAGCAGAAGAAGGACUUAUCAUU